CAGAAGUUGGCUAAUUCAAAACACCGAGGGGAAGAUUAAUAAUGUGACACCGUUACCAUGGAGCCCUAACCACUACACAAGGAUUUUCAGGAAGAAAUAGACGGGAAAACAUAAGCAUGGACUCGGAGUAUUUAAAAAGAAACCUGGGACAGUGCCUGGCGGACGGCCUGGCUGAAGUGGCCGAGCAGCGACCUGUGAACCCGAUCCUGUAUCUGGCUCACUGGCUUUACAAGUACAGCUCAAACCGUGAAUACCAAGCAGAGAAAAAGGCCAAACUGGCACUCCUGGAGAAAGAGCAGGCAAAAGCCAGAGAGGAGGAGUUACACCAGGCGAAGCUGAGGGAGGAGGAGCAAAAGCUCUCUGAGAAGAAGCCCACAGAUUCUGAAGCACCCACCGCAGCCACAACAGGAGCCGUUGAGGACAGCAAACCCGUACAAGAGGGGAAAUCAAACACAUCCGAUCUGGAAAACCAGCAAGGCACAGAAGAUCGCCAAACUGAAGUGCAGGAAAAUGUCACUGAAAAGGAGAUCUGCCAGGUGGACAUCACAGAUAAAGCAGCAACCAGUCCAGAGCCGCCUGAAGGAAAACCUGCAGAGGUCAGUCAUUCUUCCCUAUCUGAGGGGCAGGACACAGAGGUCAAAGAGGAGUCUGAACAGAAGCCUGAUGAAAAAACUGAAGUGGAGACAAGGAUGGAGCAAAUAGAAGAAAAAACAGAAAUAGAGCCAAGUACGAAUAGUGUUGAGGAAAAAACUGAAGAGGAGGAGAAGGAAGGAAUUACCAGCCAAAACGAAGAGAAGGAAGGUGACCAAGAUGAAGAUAAGGAGGUUGAUCAAUCUGAAACUGCUGAACCUGAGAAGACUGACCCACUACAGUCAACUCUCACACAAGAUGGGAGUGAUUCAAAAUCAAAUGAAACAGAAGAUCAAUACAGCAAGCAAAGUCCUCCUGACCUUGACUCUCAUGACACAGAAAAGGCCCAUGAAGAAGAAACUGGCAAACCUGAAGAUGCCAUCCAAGUGGAGCCAGCUUCAGCUUCAGCUUCACAGAGUGAGGACAUCGAACCUGAGAAGACAUCUGAAUCUGAACAGGAUGCACAAGAAUCAAGUACACCCCUUCUCAAGGACCAGGAAAAGGCAGCCGAUGAACAACCGAAGAGCGAAAGCACUGAUUCUUCAGCUCCAGUUGAGGGUGAGGUAACAGCAGAGGAAACGAUGCAGCGCGGGGAACCUGAGAGUUCACAAGAGGAACCUGAAAAGUCUCUGUCUAACGAGGAAGACUCCCGGGAGAAGGACCAAGAAGAGGAAAAAGACCAAGCUUGAUCACAUCACAUGUCUGAGCUUUUACCGAAGCUGAAAUCAUUAAUGGUUAUUAAUGUGUAAAUAAAAAACAUACACAACAAAUA